GGAUGGAAACGGGAGGACAAAGAAGAGGACUGUGGGCUUGGUUGAUGACCUCCUGUUUGUGCAUCAUGCUGGCUGGUUUGGAGCAGGUUGCAGCACAGAUCAAAUAUUCCAUCGCAGAAGAAGUCAAAGUGGGAACUGCGGUGGGUAACGUUGCCAAGGAUCUAGGACUUGAAUUUGGCUCUUUGGUGGACAGACGUUUCCGCAUUGUUUCAGGGCCAGAGAGCGCACCGUUUGAGGUAAAUACCAACAAUGGCGUACUGUGUGUGCGCAAAACCAUCGACAGAGAGGAGCUUUGUGAAGGCAUCUCGCCUUGUAUGAUAAAUAUGAAAUUAAUCGCUGAGAACCCUAUGGAAAUACAUCAUGUAGGUGUUGAAAUUAUUGAUAUUAAUGAUAAUGUGCCCACUUUUCAAGAGGAGAGUUAUAUUUUAGAAAUCCCUGAAUCCACUCUUCCAGGUAGACACUUCCAAUUACCAAGUGCACAUGACCCAGAUGUUGCCGCUAAUGCAGUGCGUGUGUACAAAUUAAAUACGAAUGAAUAUUUCAGCACGCAAAUAAGAGAGAGGGGAGAUGACAAAGUGCCGUUCUUAGUCUUACAAAAGCCUCUGGACAGAGAAAAACACGUCGAUCACAGACUAGUUCUGACUGCUGUGGACGGUGGAAAUCCACCAAAAUCUGGAGGUCUUAAUAUUACAGUUAUUGUGCUCGAUUCUAAUGAUAACCAUCCUAUUUUUACACAAGAAGUAUAUUCUGUUACGAUGUCUGAAAAUGUGGAACCUGACACAAUUGUCAUUAAGAUCGAAGCAACGGAUCUAGACAAAGAUUUAAAUGGAGACAUUGAAUAUUAUUUUGGUGGUCAACUUGACUCUAAAAUCUAUGAAAUGUUUGUUUUGGAUAAAAAUACCGGUGUCAUUAAAGUAAAAGGUCACAUUGAUUAUGAGAAGGUGGAGGUUUACAAACUAGACGUCCAUGCCACAGACAAAGGACAGCCUCCAAUGAGCACCGAUUGCAGGGUGAUCAUUAAAAUAAUUGACGAAAAUGACAACCAACCACAAAUCGAUGUUACCUCUCUGUCAAAAUCGGUAGCGGAAGAUUCCAAACUCGGCACUGUAAUUUCUCUUAUAAGUAUCACAGACAAAGACGUCGGAUUGAAUGGUAAGGUGACUUGUAGUCUUUCGCUAAAUGUUCCAUUUGAAUUAAAACCAUCAUUUCAAGAUAACAUGUACUCACUGGUUCUGAAAGACGGACUAGAUCGAGAAUUAGUUUCAGACUAUGACAUCACAAUCACAGCUACAGAUUGUGGCCAACCUCCUCUGUCCACGUUUAAAAUGUUGCAUGUUGACGUGUCGGACGUUAAUGAUAAUAUUCCUACAUUUUUACACAGUCCAAUCCAACUUUAUUUGCUGGAGAAUAAUGUGCCGGGUAAUUCAAUUUUUUCCGUCACUGCCGUAGAUACAGACUUGAAUGAAAACGCAGCUUUGACGUAUCACAUUGACAGAGAACAUGGGAGUCAAGUUAAAAUGUCAACAUUUUUAAACAUCAACCCAGAGAAUGGAGAUAUUUCAGCACUCAAAAGUUUUGACUUUGAGACGCUGAAAAGUUUCCAGUUCCAAGUGGUGGCCACGGACAGUGGAAGUCCUCCACUGAGCAGCAACGUGACAGUGAAGGUGUUCAUUCUGGACCAGAACGACAACGCUCCAGUCAUCCUGUAUCCAGUCAGCUCCAACGGUUCUGCUGAAGGUGUGGAGGAGAUUCCCCGCAAUAUGAAAGCAGGAGACUUGGUGACUAAAGUCCGAGCCUAUGAUGCUGAUAUAGGAUAUAACGGCUGGUUACUGUUUUCACUGCAGCAAGUCACUGACCACAGUCUCUUUACUUUGGACCGCUAUACGGGCCAGAUCAGAACACUUCGCUCAUUGACAGAGACGGACGAGGCUGAGCAUGGACUGCUCAUACUGGUCAAAGACAAUGGCAACGUUUCCCUGUCAGCAACAGCUACUGUGACUGUCAAACUUGUGGAGCCCAAAGAGGCUUUUGCAGCUUCUGAUGUCAAACGUGCAGCAGCAAAAGUGGACGAGGAGGACGACAAUGUGACUUUUUAUCUCAUCCUCACUUUGGGCUCGGUCUCGCUGCUUUUUGUCAUCAGCAUCAUCGUGCUGAUCGCCAUGCAGUGCUCCAAAUCCACAGAGUACACUUCCAAAUAUCUCCAAGACGCUAAUUAUGAUGGGACACUGUGUCACAGCAUCCAGUACAGAUCAGGAGACAAACGCUACAUGCUAGUUGGACCCAGAAUGAGUAUAGGUUCUACUAUAGUCCCGGGCAGCCACGCCAACACUCUGGUGCUCCCUGACAGGAGACACACUUCUUCUGGGGAGGUAAGACAGACAUUUUUUUCCAAUAGUGAUUGCUUACAACAAGUUAUCUGUGCACUUUUAUGA